GUCAUAGAAGAGAAACUUAAUUUUUGUGUUCCUUUUGAACAGUUAGCCUUUUUCCCUUAAAAGCAAAGAUCAAGAAGAUGUAUCAACUCCAAGGAGAGUCAGUUGACUCUGGACCGGAUGACAGCUCCGAUGACAACCAGAGUGUGAGCCUGGGUCCCUCUGUGCCAUCUGAUGACGUCUCUGUGGCCUCCGAUUACCAGGACGACGGCUCUCCGGAGUAUUUUGAAGAAAUUCCUGUGGUCGCAGCUCAGGAACUGAGUAACGUCUUGAAACAGGGCUACCUGGAGAAGAAACGAAGAGAUCACAGUUUCUUUGGCUCAGAGUGGCAGAGGCGCUGGUGCGUCCUCAACAAUACCAUCUUCUAUUACUUCGGGAGCGAGAAAGACAAACAGCAGAAGGGCUCUUUCUACAUCAACGGGUACAGCGCCGGGCUGGUGGGGACCCUGCGGAAAGACUCCAAGAGGAAUUCCUGCUUCGAGCUCAGCGCUCCAGGGCAGCGCUCUUUCCAGUUUACAGCCAGCAGCCCAAAGGAAGCCAGGGAAUGGGUGGAUCAAAUUAAUUUUGUCCUUAAGGACCUGAGCUCCAGCUUCAUCCCCUUCGACGAGGACGAAGAGGACGAAGUGGAGGGCGAGGACGAGACGUACGACGACGUCGACGCUGUGACCUCCCCUCCUGCUCCCCGCCCCGCCCCAGCACCCCAGACCCAGGAGGAGCGGAAAGGGGGGCAGCCGGAGGCAGAGGAGGAAGAUGACGAUAUCUACGAGGUGCUGCCAGAGGAUGACUUUCCUGCAAUGGCCGAGGAAGGCGCUGAGAAGAGACAGAAGGCAGCAGGAUCUGUUGACUAUGCAAAUUUCUACCAGUGUCUGUGGGACUGCGAGGGGGACGAGCCCGACGAGCUGACCUUCAACAGAGGAGACCUCAUCUACAUCAUCAGCAAGGUCAGGUCGCAGAAACAGCCUCACUCAGACCAGAGGAUAUGCGGUCCCACAUUGUCAAGGGCUUGUUACCGCGAUUCCUAG